GCAAAUUCCUUUAAAGGCGCCAUAAAUCAAGUUAAUAUUCACAAUUCUGAGCUGUUAUCUGAGUAUGAGGACUCUUAUAAAGAAAAAUUCGAAAAGUUAGAUAUAGAAGAUGAAUUAAGGAUAAGUUUUCUAGCAGGAUUGGUUGCUUCGGAGGGAUCUGGGAAUUAUCUCAAUGAUGUAAAAAAAAGUUUCAAGAACAUUAAAGGUACUCUGCUAUACAAAUUAACUUCGGUCUAUGAAUAUUUGGACAUUUAUCAUGACGAUGUCAAGGCAAACAUUUCGAUUAAUGAACUAACGCAUACAGAAGCCACCCAUGCUGUGAUAGGCAUAAAAUGGGGAGCUACUAUCAUGGCAUCGUUCGAGUUCAAAAACACGAAUGACGAGAAUAGGUCUUAUAUUGAGGGAAUACUAAAGCAUAAAUUGAAAAAUUUAUCACAAAGCAUUUCUGAAGGUGAAAAUCUAGAUAUAAAUGAUAGCGAAUCCGAUAUUAUGAGUCAAUUUGCGAUAAACAUUCUUGGAGAUAUUGUUCCCGAUCAUAAUAAGCAUCCCCAGUCGCUUGCUGAAGCGAAAAAAAUAAUAGCUGAACUUCCAUUAUAUAUUAAACAAUAUAAAGAUGGAAAAGGAGUACCGAUUGAAUAUACGCUUUUUCCGUU